CUUCAACUCUACCUCCAUGAUGUACCAAAGCAUCAUAGCAGAUCUCACUGAGGGUAUCUUACGAUUAGGAUAAAAUGACAGGUAUGUAUCAAAGUGUGAUAGUAAUAAAGUCAGAGGUUUGAUGGCAGAAUGUCCAAGGGACAGGUGCGGAGAAAUAUGAUUAUAAAACCUUAGUAAUUCCAAAAAAUGGCUGAAAACAAAAGUCAGAGAGCAUCUUAGUUAAGAUGAGCACUUUGAUUAGUCAGAAAGUACUCUGCUUUAUAUAACAUUGUACUGUAUAUACGGUAUAUAUAUAGUGUAUGCAUAGUAGCUGAUGCAAAAAAAAAAAGAUUUUUGUUGUUCUUUAAUUAUCAGCUCAUCUGGCUUGAUGUCAUCGCGUAGGUAAUAAAAGAGUGUAUUGCACCUUUAAAUCCCUGCUCUUCUCUGUCUUCCCAUUUCUACUAUGGUUGGAGGUUGGAUCAUAAUUCAGAGGAACAGCAGCUGUAGUAGAUGCGCGCCUGUGCGUGAAGCAACGUGCGUGCAUGAGUGCGUGCGUGCGUGCGUGCACAUGCGUAAAAGUGUAGUAGGAGGCCGCGCAUGGCAUCUGUGGAUCUGCUGCUCUGCUGUGCUCUGUCCUCUGCUGCCUCUGGGUCUGCUGCUGGUGGAUGUACUGGUGAUGCUGUAGCAGGAGCGAGGCGCAGCCCCCCGUCACUGAAGCUGUGCGAGGCUGGUGGAGGUGAUCAUCAUGACAGUGACGCUGCUGCUGCUGAUGAUGAUGAUGAUGGAUGGACGGAGCCGUUUCUCAUCGCUCGGACAGCUGUAACAUCGCCCGCGUUCCCGUGGAUUCAUCAAAGGAUCAACAUUUAGACCUGUUCAAGGAUUGACUUUCAUCCAGAAGCAGGAUGAUCGAGGAAGGCAGUAAACGAGGCAAGGCCAUGGUGGAGAAGAGGCAGCUCUUCAUGGAGAUGAGAGCUCAGAACUUCGACGUCAUCAGACUGUCCACUUACAGGACCGCCUGUAAACUCCGAUUUGUGCAAAAGAGAUGCAAUCUUCAUCUGGUGGACGUCUGGAACAUGAUCGAAGCUUUCCGUGACAACGGACUCAACACACUGGACCACAAUGCUGAAAUCAAUGUGUCACGGCUGGAGACGAUCCUGUCUUCCAUCUACUACCAGUUGAACAAGCGGCUGCCCACCACCCACCAGAUCAAUGUGGAGCAGUCCAUCGGGUUGCUGCUCAACUUCAUGGUGGCCACAUACGACAGUGAGAGCCAUGGGAAGUUGACGGUUUUUUCAAUGAAAGCGAUGCUGGCCACAAUGUGUGGAGGCAAAAUUGUUGACAAACUUCGCUAUAUUUUCUCCCAGAUAUCCGACUCGAAUGGAGUCAUGGCCUUCGCCAAGUUUGACCAGUUUCUUCGUGAAGUGCUGAAACUGCCCACGGCCGUGUUUGAGGGACCUUCGUUCGGAUACACGGAACAUUCAGUGAGGACGUGCUUCCCCCAGCAGAAGAAGAUCAUGUUGAACACCUUCUUGGACGUGUUGAUGGCAGAUCCUCCGCCUCAGUGUCUGGUGUGGCUGCCACUCAUGCACCGACUGGCUAAUGUUGAAAACGUCUUUCAUCCUGUGGAAUGUUCUUACUGCCGGAGCGAGAGCAUGAUGGGCUUCCGCUACCGGUGCCAACAGUGCCAUGGUUACCAGCUGUGUCAGAGCUGCUUCUGGCGCGGACAUGCCAACGGUCCUCACAGCAACCAGCACCAGAUGAAGGAGCACUCGUCAUGGAAAUCUCCAGCCAAAAAGCUCAGCCACGCCAUCAGCAAAUCCCUGGGCUGCGUCCCCAUCGGCGAACCGCCACAUCCUGUUUUCCCUGAGCAAGCGGAGCGGCCACAGGAGCUCACGCAUACUGUUCAGCCGAAACCAGUGGCCAACAGCAUGAACGACACUAUUGUCAUGUCCUCUGGGGCUCCUACACCCACCAAAAGUGUCUUGGAGAGUCCCAGUCGACUGGAUGAAGAACAUCGCCUCAUCGCUCGUUAUGCUGCUCGCCUGGCAGCAGAGGCGGGAAACUCCACACAACAGUGCCCUCCGACAGAUCUGAGCUUCAACUUUGACGCCAAUAAGCAGCAGAGGCAGCUGAUCGCAGAGCUGGAGAACAAAAACAGGGAGAUCCUGCAGGAGAUCCAGAGGCUGCGUCUGGAGCACGAACAGGCCUCGCAGCCCACCCCUGAAAAAGCCCAGCAGAACCCCACCCUCCUGACUGAACUGCGGCUCCUCAGACACCGGAAGGACGAGCUGGAGAGACGUAUGUCAGCGCUGCAGGAGAGCAGGCGGGAGCUGAUGGUGCAGCUGGAGGGACUGAUGAGGCUGCUGAAGGAUGAAGAGCAGAAGCAGGCUUCCCAGUCUGGAGGCUCCCCUCAUUCCUCACCCAGUCACGGUGCGGGCUGCUCCAUGCCCAUGCCCAUCCGCUCCACCUCAGCUGGCUCCACCCCGACUCACACACCACAGGACUGCCUGGCGGGCGUGGGAGGAGAUGUACUGGAGGCCUUUGCUCAGGGUGUACCUAGAAAUCUCCGGAAUGAUUUAUUAGUUGCUGCUGACUCGAUCACUAACACCAUGUCGUCUCUGGUGAAGGAGCUUCACUCAGUGGAUGACGGUGCGGAGGAGGAGGAGACCAACCUGAGGAACGGUGGAGACAGAGGCACAGUCAGAGUAUAGAGAAAUAUUACACCAUCACAUCCUGUGAGAACAUAUGGUCAAUCAUCAGCUCUGAAGAAUCAAACACAACAACAACAACAACAACAACAACAAGCCCCCGGCAUUAGCACGUAGAGUAAUGCAUGCUGUAAUGUAACAGGAUUUCACUAUGUGAAGAAACAUACCGUGUCUCCACACCUUGCAGGUAGCAAGAUGUGUCUCAUUAGCGAGUGUGUGUAUGUCUGUGAGCGUAUGUGUGUGUCUGUGUGUGUUGUCCAGUAAAGUUGCCCAGCCUUGUCCCUCUCACCACUGCUAAGGAACGGCUCGCCGUGCUGCUUUACACCCCCUACUGUUUAAGUCUGUCACAGCAGGUCAUUGUGUAAUGUAAACACGCUGUAAACACACGCGCUGGAAAUCAUCAUGUGACUGUGUUGGUGCAGUUAGUGCUGGUAGUUUGUUUUAUUUAUUGUUGUCAUUUGCAUGACGCUGCACUCACGUCUGGGGUCACUGUACGUUCAGGUCAUGUGACUGUAGUGUCAGUGACAGCAGGAGAGUCAGAGCUUGUCCUGCCACAGAAUCCACAAAGACAGGGACCAGAGUCAGAGACUCAGACUCUCUUAGGGUCUCCAUACACUGUGCGACUUUUUGGCAUGACGUGUGCAGACUGUACGAUGACCGUUUACUCAAUCGUAGGUUACGACGGACGUCAAUAUGCAACAUCGUCUGCGUACGUCCUCUUUGCCAUAGUUAUCUAAACCGCUCAGGAGUGAAGGAAACAUGAAGAAUGUCUCCCCUCGUGGCAUUUUUGUGCACUAAAAAAAAUCUGAAGAAGACAUAGUAGACAUGCAUCGUACGGCAGCAGCUGUGAAAUAGUCAUCCUAAAUUUCUGACUCAGCUAGAAUUUUAUCUUGUUGUCAGCAUGUGGUAACAAAACACUGACAACGGCCGUCCUUGAACCAGUCUCUCCACGGUCCCCCUACGAUGGACGUCCUCGUAUGGGACGGCCCAAAGUCGCACAGUGUAUCCCGGCCAUUAGAGUAAGUCAACCAAACAAAGACAUGAGACUUGUCUCUGAUUGGAGGUUGGGGACUCCUGAACUUCCUUUCACCAAAGUUUUGUUCUUCGAUCUGCGAUUCAAUCGUUUCAGUUCAUCCAAUGUGUUAACCUUAUGGGAAUACCAGGUGCAGCACCUGGUAUUAUAGCCUUCACAGGGAGCACAGACGAGCAGACAGCUGAGAGUCCUGUCUUCAGGAUAAAUGAUUCAGCUCAACUAUGACCAACUCCACCAGGCCGCUCAAAACAGAUGGAGAAGUUAAAAGAAGUUACUGACUAAUUUGAUUAACAUUUCACUGUUUGAGGGGAAACUGCAGCGUUAUUAAGAAUAAAUAUUUAAAUAAUGAUGCCUUUUUUACCUUUACCUUUUACCAUAAUAAUAUCUUUUACAUUCAAUUUCUUUAAUAAUAAUAAUUAAUAAUUGAGUCCAUUAAUCAUCCCACAAGGGGAAUUUUACAGUGUAAGUCUAGAACUGACACAGGCGCCAUAAGUACGUGGUUGCAACUCAAAUACAGCUUAAUUUUUGAUGAAAAAGAAGAAAAAUCUCAUAAUAAAAACAUUAAACUAUACACAGUACCUACUGCAGUAUGAUGCUGUAGUGUCUCGUGAACACUCCAUGGAUUACAACAAUGAGCAGAACCUGGAAGUUUCCUUCUCUCAUAAAAACCUGAACAGACUCACCUGACGGACAUUCACGGCUGGACACGUCCUGGUUCCUCCUCUGGGACAGACUGAGCAGCUGCCGCGGCCUCUGAGUGUGGGAAAAAACUCCUCAGGUUGUUUAAUAACAAUAAAACAGUUUUGGUGACGACUUUAUUAACACAUUAACACAGUGUGUAAGAAUGAGAAGUAGUUAAAAAGCAAGUAGGAAGUGCUGCUAAUAGCUUUAUUUAAGUAAUAAAAGUAUAUUAAACAGGUAAUGUGGAGUGAUGGCCCAGGUGCUCAGGGACUGCAGAGCUGCUCUGGAGGAAGGAUGGAGAUGGCUUUGGCCUUUAGUUAUGGGAAGUGGUUACUAGAGGAGGCAACAUUUCUAUUAGAAAUCAAGGCUUUUAUUCUGAAAUGUCCUUUAACAUAGAGGGAAAUGUUAAAAGAAAUGUUGUAUUUCCUCCAUCAAAGAGAGUCAGGGAGAGGAUUCUGAUUAGAGGGAGACAUUUUUUCUAAAGUGCUGUUUGUUGAAGCAUGUUGUCAGGUACCGUUUGUCUUUGUGUGAAUUUGUCUUUCAUAAAAAAAAAUAGAACAAUGUCCACUUUUUUUCCCAGUUGGACAGAGAUCAUGCCAGCCUUCCAUCCACAGAUGGUAUGUAAAGAAUGGACAUGCCUGCAAAUUCUAGAAUUUCCCAGAGUCAAUGACUGGAAUUGAUCAGAGGUCACUUCACUCCUGGAUCCUGUUUAGAGGAAAGUAGACAAUAAAUGAUUACAAUUGGCUUUUGUGCCUUUCUCACCUGAGUUACUUAACAGAUCACUGUUAGCAUAUAUUUUAUUAGUAUAUAUAUAUGUAUCUAUAGAUAUGUAUAUUUACUUAUAUAUUUGCACAUAUGUGUGUACAUAUAUGUAUAUAUAUACCAUAUGUACAUAUAUACAGUAUAUUUACACAUAUCUGUAUACAUAUAUAUAUAUAUAUUUAUAUAUAUAUAAACGUAAGAUAUGAUAAACUAUCAUGGUCUUCUUUGAAGCUACUUCCAACCCUAAAGGUUCUAUUUACCGAACAACUCUGGAUUUUUGCAGUCUCAUCCAUUUCUUGCAUACGAUCUACAGUCCCCGUUUGUCCUCUGGUUCUAUGUUCUUUGUCCCUGAGUGUCCCUGACAGGCUAAAGCUAAACACAUCUUGUUUUCAGGAAAUGACAGUGUGAUAAAUAUUUGAAUGCAAAUUCACAAAACACACCACAGGAAAUAAGAAACACUGUACAGCAAGACCGUCCUCCUCUGAGCUUCACUCCGAGGUUUUAACCAACCUGUUACACUGUGUCAACAACAAGAACACAAAGAGGCUUUCUGUUGUCGUCCUUAGGAUUUUAAAUGUGAUAUUUUGGCCUUAGUUUGAUGUCUUUAUUGUCCUUAUCAAGCUUUAGUGGAGAACAGUGGUGGCCGUGAUGACUUUGUCAAAGCACAGGCUCGUGUGCCGAGCAUCGGUUCACGUUAAGCUGAAAUGGUGUCACUUCAGGUUUUGUGGCCGCUUCAUUUCAUUCUGCUGAGAAAGCUCCAGAGAUCAUUAACAUUCGGAGGCGAGAUCCGGCAGCCAGAGUCUUCCAUCCUGUACACGGCCACACACUUGAAUGCAUAACUGAGCGUUUCUUCUUCUCUGUUUUGAUUUUUGUGCCUGUAGCUGUUCUGUAAAGUGCUGUAAAAAAAAAAAAGGAAAAAAAGAAAAAGUGACCACUCAGCAAAUAAUAUGAUCUAUCAGCCUUUUUUGUCUGUGACUGUAGACAGUUUUGAAUUCAUAUUUUAAAUGUGUUCUGCUGGGGAAAAAAAAAGAAAUAUAUAUAUAUAAAUAUACGACGCUCAGCCUUUUUACAUUUGUGCCAAAACUGUUUGUCGGACAUUGUGUGUCUCACACACAGCACUGGUGUAUAACCACAGAUAUAUAUAUAUAUAUAAAUAAAUGAUUGUAUAUAUAUCGACUUUGGGAAGUGCUGGUCGUCGCUCACGGUUUAUGUUCACAAACGUAACAGUUCCAUCUGAAUCUGCUGCAGCAACGCAGACAGAAAAACACAUUCCAGAUCUCCUGCUCGUCACCGACGUCAUUCAGACGACAAACAUAAUUAAAAGACAAUGACGCACACCUUGUGAUUCUUUCGUUGUUUGCAGAGCGUUCAACGUGUAA